CCUUAUCAGCGAUGCAGAACGAGGCGACCGACAUCAACAAACUCUGCGCUUCGGUCCCGGAUGACUUGGCAAAAAUCAUUCGGGAAUAUCCCGAGAUUUUCCCGGACGACUUGCCAAGUGGACUGCCACACGAACGACCCCAAGACCACAAAAUCGAGCUGGAGCCCAGCGCGCAGCCUACUGUACAAACUCAAUGGUGCUUGACUCAGCCUGAGCUACACGAAUUACGGAACCAGCUUGACUACCUGCUGGAAAAAGUGUUUAUUCGGCCGAGCACGUCCCCGUUCGCAGCGCCGAUCCUGUUCACCCCAAAGAAGGACGCCGGACUUCGCAUGUGUACGGACUAUCGUGCCCUUAAUCGGGUAACGAUAAAAUUGCGCUACCCAAUCCCACGCACAGACGAGCUAAUUGACAACCUUCGCAGAGCUCGCUACUUUUCAAAGAUCGACUUGCGUGACGGCUACCAUCAAAUUCGGGUGUUCGCUGACGACUGCCACAAGACCGCGUUUCGUACUCGUUUUGCAAGAUUUCGCCAAUGCAGUACUAGCGUUGUAGCAGUUUUAUUACUGGCCAGAUAUGGUGACAGACAUGCAGCGUUACGUGGCCGCGUGUCCGAUCUGCCAGCGAAUGAAAUCAUCACAUCAGCGACCGACAGGACUGUUGCAGCCCAUCGAACCACCUCAACGCCCAUGGCAACACGUGACGAUGAUUUCAUCACAGGUCUACCGGCGGGAUCCAGCGGAAACGACGCAGUCUUGGUUGUCGUCGACCGAUUGACGAAAAUGGCGCAUUUCGCGCCAUGUCGUACAACCAUCUUAGCCGAAGAAACCGCGCGACUAAUCAUCUCGACCAUUGUUCGCCUGCACGGGAUACCAGCAGCAAUCAUUAGCGAUCGAGAUCCGAAGUUCAUGUCAAAAUUUUGGCAGGACACAUGGGCUCGGUACGGCACGCGCCUGCAAUUCUCAUCCGCUUAUCAUCCCCAAACGGACGGUCAGACAGAGAGGACGAACCAAACGAUGGAACAGCUGAUUCUGACAAAUUGCCCUGACCAAAACAAAUGGGAGGACGCGCUUCCCAUGUUGGAAUUCUCAUACAACAACGCGCCCUCAGCCACGACUAAUCACUCCUCAUUUUACCUCAAUUACAGGAUGGACCCCAUAGUACUUAUCUCCACCAACGUCAAGAGUCAAGUACCACGGUCGCAGCAGUUCGUCGAAGAAUUACAGACUGCCCGAGACAAAGCUCUCGAACUUAUUCGCAAGGCGAACGCUACUGCUCGACGAUAUGCGGAUUUACAUCGACGGGAUAUUACAAUGGCAAUAGGGCAACUAAUUCUUUUGGACACCAAGAACUUACGGCUACCACUACCGACGAAAUUACGACCACGUUUCUGUGGCCCAUUCAAGCUCAUAAAGAUGGUGACGCCGUGAGGACGACACGUGGGUGCCCU